UGGGAUUCCGUAAACUGGCCACUCUCUUCCUAGUUUCAUCUUGCUAGUGUUUUUCUUUCAAAUUUAAUGUCAUGUCGUAACCCGAAACGUCUUAGAAACGGUACCCAAAUUCUCAGUGCAGGCAUUUUCGGUGGAAAACUUCAACUUCAGAUCAACACGUAGUCAUGUCAACUGCCUCGAGGGUGACUUUGGGCAUGGCAGUCACCGUUUCCACGGCCAUCAUAGGUUAUGUGCACUAUAAACAAUCGGCAGACCGACUGAGACUCCACGAUGGUGUCUUGCGGGAUGUGGAACAGCAGCAGCGGCGGAAGCACGAAAACACCUACACGCUGCAGCAGCAGAUUGACAUUACCAAGCAACUGAAGGCCAGAGAGGCAUCCAGCCACUCCUCUGAAACGCCCACACCUCCAUCGAAAACCCCCUCGCAGGGAAACCUCCAGGCGGAGACAGAUGCAAAUGCGUCACAAAGAGACCUGGAACCCGAGCUUCAGCAGCCGCAGCCUGGAGCCGAGGGUUCCGGUGGCGUUUCACAGGCUGAAGACAAUUCUGCUAGUCCUGAUGCCGUCAGCCCACCAUCAGACGAAGUUUGACCACCGAAAUGCCUUUCCAUGUGCACUUAUUACAUACUGUAAGACUAACUCGGGUAAAAAGAUUGCUUUUGUUAUAAAGGUUAAAGCUUUACGUCGUUUUGUUUAUCUUCGAUAUCUUGAUUUUUUUGGACGGAGAAGGGCUAGAAUAAAAGAUUUCCUUGUUAAAUAAUGCCAUUUUAAUGAUAAAUAUCUUUCGUCUGCUGUUAUUAAUAAGUAAACCUAUCUGUAUUUUAAGGUAUCCUAAAAGUGAAGGGAUCUUUAUUAUUGUUGUAAGAAAAUCUUGAGACUUAACCAUUCAUCAGUCUAAAACCCUUUAGUCUAGUCUCUAAAAGCUGCUAUGAUCAAAAGUUAAAAGAAAUUAUAUAAAUACAUAAAUAUAAUAUAAAUA